GUUCCAAUACGAAGAUUGUUACAGAUUUGUAAAGUUUCCUUAAAACGAGCCUCCUUUCAAAUGUAUGCACAUAGGUUAUUCAGCGGUUUGCUGUUUAAUAUGACGGGUCUGAUUCAACAUAGAGAAAGUAAAUCAUUUCUUUCGUUCUUCCGCUUAGAAAACUAGAUGAAACGCUCAACGACUGAAAUUACGUAAACUUUGCGCGUCCCCGCGAACACGGCUUCAAACUACGGAAAGCCUUCAACCCACAACACACCACCGGAAACUCCGCGCACUGCUCUUGAGUUAAAUCCGAAGCAUGCUGCACUCUCACACUACCUGCAGCUCAGACAGCACCUCACUAGCGGGACCUCACUCAGGGUUUCUUUGGACUUUCAUCUGCCAGAGGCAGGCGGGGUGAGUGAGAUGCAGACAUUGUACUGACCAACAGCAGCUCAACAACACGGCACAUCUAACCGGGCAGCAGCCUGGAUGUGAUUCUGGCUCAGUGUGUGUGAUGGUAACCCGGCCUCAGUGUGCGAUGUGUGGACCCGCCCUCCUGUGUCUGCUGCUCUGGAUCUCAGGACUGGCUGUUUCCAGGACGCAAGGUCAGGUAGUAGCUCCUACCAGUGUGACUGCAGAGGCAGGCCGCCCACUGCUGCUCGGCUGCAACAUCACCAAGGAAGCGGGCGCCACUGUGCGGCAGGUACGGUGGCUCAACAAGGAGAAGAAGGUCCUCCUAGCGUACGAGCAAAGUGAGCCGGUGCGCAUCAGCAUUCAGGAGCCCAACGUGCAGCUCAACGCCUCGCACAGCAACAGCAGCUACAUCACCAUCCAGAGGGUGGGGUCCAAGGACGAGGGCUGCUACAGCUGCAUCUUCGACGUGUAUCCCAGUGGAACGCUGGAGGGGGCUACGUGUGUCAGUGUCACCGGUAAAGUGAGCCUAGAGGGGAACAGGACGGCGCAGAGCGGGAAAACGGUCACCCUCUCCUGCGAGUACAGCCUCCCAGAGAAGGUGCAGCAGGUGUUGUGGAGGAAGACGGCGGAGCAAGGAGACACCUCCACCGUGGCCUCCUACAACAAGCGAGGCAACCACAACAUCGAGGAGCGUUACAGCCGUCGGUUCAGACUGAGCCGGACGCUGGCCGACACCAAGCUCACCAUCCAGGACGUGAGGAUGGUGGACGAGGCCUGCUACUCCUGCGAGUUCCACACCUUCCCAGACGGCACCAAGAGUGGCUCCGCCUGCCUGUCUGUCUAUGUUCUACCCAAUCCAGAGGUGAGUCAUGUGACGUCGUCCUCGGGGGUCACUGAGGCCAACUGCACGGCCCGGGCCCGUCCCGUAGCAGAGCUCACGUGGGACAUCCCCGGGGAGAAUCGUACACUCGGACCGCCCGUUUCCUUCGUCUACGAGCAAGGCGACGGCACCACGGUGGUGACGAGCACGCUGCUCAUCCAAUCAGCGAUCAAGGACCUGUCCGUCACCUGCGUGGUGCACCACCCGGGUCUGGUGAAACCUCUGACAGUGCCCCUGCAGACAGACGUGGUUCCGGCCAACAUCAUCCUGCUGUCGAUGUGCGGCGUGGCGGCGGUGCUCCUCCUGUGUCUGUGUGUGUGUGUCUGCAAGUGCUUCAUGUGCAAUGACGAGUGAUUUGAAGGCGGUCGUCUCUCCUGCCGUGAUGAAGGUCCAGUGGAGCUCCGAGCCUGAAUGGAGCCGAGCCAUCACCGCUGGUUCUGCUUCCCUGAGCCGCCAAGUCCUGACUUCAUCAAGUAAUUGAUGAAAUCCUUGCGAGUAUAGGGAUUGAUCAUUUUCAUCAGUAUGUCAGGGCAUCAUGGCGGGUGGGUUGUGAGUGUGUGUUUGAAUGUUGGAGGUCAAUUCUAAGCUGUAGAGCUCUGUGAUAAGUUGUAUAUUUUUUACAUUUUGGAUAUACUGUAUCUAGCUGUAAUAGAAGUCGCUCAGUUCUUUUAAAGUGCUUUUGACUUUGUUGGAAGGAUAUUAAUAUAUUAAAGUUAUUUAAACAAAUAUUUAUCAGAGAAUAUCCUUUGCAAAAACAUCCGAUAUUUUGCCAGCUUUUUCAAUUUUCGUUUAAACAUGGUUUCAAAUCUUAAUUCAUAAGUUACAUUUAACUAACAAAGGGCUUUUAAAGGAGACAUUUAAAGCUAAUAUUCAAGUGUAUGUCUGUGUGUCGGGCUCUCCUAGAACAUGUUACAAGACUACAUUUUCAAACUCUACUUUAUUUUUCUUAUACCGUCUGUUUAAAGUGUCUAAAACACUGUUCUGUUCACCACUGUUUGGUUGUUGACCACCAAAAUGGCCACGACGGGGGGGGGGGGGGGGGCUUGGUCACCAGAAAACCAAGUAUUACUGGUUGCCAAUGAGAAUUUUUUUUUGGAAAACUGGAAAGGAAAAAGUGAAAAAGAUGUGUUAUUUAUAGCUGCUGCGUUCUGUGUAUUUCACCUGUAACCUCAUGCCCUCACACUUUCAAAAAGGUUGUGUUUGGGUGUUAUUGUGAGAGAGAGUGUGUGUGUGGUAUUGUUGUACAGUAUUUCAUGACGUUCAGAGCUUCCAUGUAAGGAACAUCGGUGUUAGAAUUGUUUGGGGGGAAAUACGAAUAUAAUCCUACAUGGCCAGUCAAGGAAACUUUAUAGAAGAGUGUCAUUUAUAUCUUGUUUAUCAGGAAAAAAUAUAUAUUUUCUAUUAACAAUUAAACUGAUUGAUGGUUUUACUGUAACUUAUGUGGAUAUAAAGAGUAACAAACCUUAGCUAAAUUGUCUACCUGCUGUUUUAUUUUUCUUGAAACAUGUUUUUAGUGUUAAUGUGGUUUUUUUUAACAGAAUUCAACUGUUAGAAGUUGAUCGGAAAUAAAACCCAAGACCGUU